GCUCGCCGCGCUCGCCCAGCCAUCAGCGGCCUCCCGCCGCCGCCUCGGCGCAGACUGCUAAGCUCAGCAAGUCUUGCGGCAAAGGCACUUCGGACCGAGUUGGGGCCGGCGCGGAGCGGGGACUCCGGGCCCCGGGGGAACGGACGCCCCUGCUGCACCGUGGCCGGCGUCGCGCCCUCGCAGCCCUCCGCCCCCUCACUUCGGAGACCCGGGUUCCCUCCUGCUUGGCCGCUCCCGUGAUCCCCUCUGCCGCCAUGAGGAACAUCUUCAAGAGGAACCAGGAGCCCAUUGUGGCUCCUGCCACCACCACCGCCACAAUGUCAACUGGGCUCUUAGACAACUCUACCGAGAGUGGGGGCGCUGGGGAGAGUAAGGAGGACAUGUUUGCCAAGCUGAAGGAGAAAUUCUUCAAUGAAAUCCAGAAGAUCCCCUUACCACCCUGGGCACUGAUCGCCAUUGCUGUGGUCGCUGGCCUCCUGCUCCUCACCUGCUGCUUCUGUAUCUGUAAGAAGUGCUGCUGUAAGAAGAAGAAGAACAAGAAGGAGAAGGGCAAGGGCAUGAAGAAUGCCAUGAAUAUGAAGGACAUGAAAGGGGGCCAGGAUGACGACGAUGCAGAGACAGGCCUGACUGAGGGAGAAGGUGAAGGAGAGGAGGAGAAAGAGCCAGAGAAUCUGGGAAAACUGCAGUUUUCCCUGGACUAUGAUUUCCAGGCCAACCAGCUUACCGUCGGCGUUCUGCAGGCUGCUGAAUUGCCUGCCCUGGACAUGGGAGGCACCUCAGACCCUUACGUCAAAGUCUUCCUUCUUCCAGACAAGAAGAAGAAAUAUGAGACCAAAGUCCAUCGGAAGACAUUGAACCCUGCCUUCAAUGAAACCUUCACCUUCAAGGUGCCAUACCAGGAGCUAGGAGGCAAAACCCUGGUGAUGGCCAUCUACGACUUUGACCGCUUCUCCAAACAUGACAUCAUUGGCGAGGUUAAGGUGCCUAUGAACACCGUGGACCUUGGCCAGCCCAUCGAGGAGUGGAGAGACCUGCAGGGCGGGGAGAAGGAAGAGCCAGAGAAGUUGGGCGACAUCUGCACCUCCCUGCGCUACGUGCCCACGGCUGGGAAGCUCACUGUCUGUAUCCUGGAGGCCAAGAACCUGAAGAAGAUGGACGUAGGUGGCCUUUCAGACCCCUACGUGAAGAUCCACCUGAUGCAGAAUGGGAAGAGGCUCAAGAAGAAGAAGACGACGGUGAAGAAGAAGACCCUGAACCCCUACUUCAACGAGUCCUUCAGCUUUGAGAUCCCCUUUGAGCAGAUUCAGAAAGUCCAGGUGGUGGUCACUGUGCUGGACUAUGACAAGCUGGGCAAGAACGAAGCCAUUGGCAAGAUCUUCGUGGGCAGCAACGCCACGGGCACAGAGCUGCGGCACUGGUCUGACAUGCUGGCCAACCCCCGGAGGCCCAUCGCCCAGUGGCACUCGCUCAAGCCCGAGGAAGAGGUGGACGCGCUUCUGGGCAAGAACAAGUAGGCAGCAGCGGCCGGGAUCCCGCACCGUUACAGACACUGACAAGAUCCAGAGCUAUCAAUACCUCAGUUAUGCAACCUUAGAGGUUUUCUUUCUCAUUUGUUUGUGGUUGUGUCCUUGUUUUUCCUUCCUUUAUCUCUUUUGAGAGACCAACUUCCCUCUGAUGGCUGUGUGAGGAGAGUCCCCUAACAGGUGAAAGAGAAGCCUGGCUCUUUUCAUCGUCCCAGGAGCUGUCCUUGCUGCAUGCCCUGUCACGUUUCCCUCUCACUCUUUCAAAGCUUCACUUGAACCUCACCCUGAGUGAGGCCCUCUUUCAGCAGAGAGUCACAGCACUUCCUGUGUUUUGAGUGUUCUGGACCAACAAAAUGGCAGCACAUCCUGUUUCCUGACAGGGAAGGCAACACAGUGGCCUAUGAUGUGUGUGUGUGUGUGUGUGUGUGUGUGUGUGUGUGCGCGCGCGCGCGUGUGUGUUGGAGCAUCUCUCUGCAUUUCUGGGAUGAACCACGGACAGUGAAGUUGUGUGGGAAGAGAAGGCUCUUCGGGAACCCUGAAGUGAAGAGACGUCCACUGUCUAAGUGGGAGAUCUUCCGUCAGCUCGUGGAGAGGGCUCAGAAUCCUGGUCGGGUGUCAGAAGCUCCCAUACUCUUUGUGGGUGGCUAUUUGGGAGGCAAGAUGUGGAGACUGGACUUGUCCAGAACUAGGACCAAAAACCUGAUGCCAUCAUAGACUUCCUCUCGUCAGGCCUUGUUUCCCCACAAGUGUGGUUUCUGGGACAUUCGUGGACAUGAACUAUUCACUAGAUUGGUUAGACUCUAACAGGGACCAUCAGUCCUGGGACCUCACUGUUGUUGACAGUUAACGUCAAACUAUGAAGAAAGAAGACCCAUUACCUAGAAAGACCAAAUGAAACUCCUGGAUCUUCUUUACCCCCUUCCAGUGGGAAACACAGAUGCUUUCUCCCUUUCCAGAAUAUAAGCUAUGCGGUUCAUUUGCAUUUUUUCCCCAUCAUGCUUUUGCUUCUGUUUUCUCUUUUAAUCUAAGUGGAGCAACACUAUCUGAAGACUGUUUUCUGUACAGAGCCAGAGACUCUAAAAAGAAGGUUUGAAUUCUUGUCCCCCUGAGGUCCAGGUAAGAAGGGGGAGGAUGGUGGAGAGACGGCAGAAAUUUCCCGGAUGAGAUAGGUGGGGGUGCUGAGAUCCGUGCCCCCCCGGCUCCCACUCCUCUGCCUUCCGUGCCAGAUAGUUUGUGGGUAGCUGACGUGGCCCAGGGAGACCUGUGGGGAGGCCCCAUCCUACUAUUCCUUGGGGAGGCGUCUCUCUAUGAAUGCCAAGAAGCAGGACAUCCAUUCCAAAUGGGUGGUGGAGGACACCUGCCGGGGUUUCUACCCCACGCUCGGUUGUGUCCCUUUCCCUCUUCACCUUUUGUCCCCAGCAUUGAUAAAAAGCCAUAUAUAUGUUAGUCAAGUUUGCACUGAGCCUCCUUCCAAACCUUCAGCCUGGGCAGGAGAGUCAGGUCCCACAUGACCUAAGGCCAGCACCACUUCCUUUCGCUCCUUUCUCCCACCCUUGCCUCCCUUCCUUCAGCCUCUCUCUUCCAUCCGUGAAGCCCUCAGGCCCUUGCCAUUUCUUCGCCACAGAAUACUCAUAGCUUCCCCAAAGCUUGGGGAUCUCUCUCUUUCCCAGCAAAAAUGGCAGCACUUCCUGUCCUGUCCCAUGGGGACCACCUCAGUUUUCUAUAGGUACCUGAGACAGACGGACAGCGUUAGAGAGACUCAGGGUUUGAGGGUCCAGAGCAUCUUUUUAUUUUAUUAAAAGAAAGGAAAUGGUUUUUUUUUUUUUGUUUCCGCUGUGCCAUGUGUUUUGAUUAGAGCAAGGAAUGAGGGAACACCUCCCCCAGAAGCAGACUGGGAAGCAGGGCUGAACCUUGCCCAUCUCUCAGAGACCCUUCUCCUUCUUGCAAGUGGCCCUUGGCACAUGGGAGGUCGUAUUUUACUGGAGCCUGUGUGAGUUUGGGUGUGUACUUAAUGAUGAGAAGGUAAGACUCCGACAAGGACUAUGAGCUUUGGUCCUCGGGACCAGAGUUGUGGUCCUGGUGGAGAGUUGUCGGAAAAUGGGGUGCCUUCAGAACCCAGCUGACUGCAGAGUAGGAUGUCCUGCUAUGGGCAUCAGGAGUCACUGGGCUCUUCUCCAGUCUCCAGAGCUGUGAGGUUUUGGUGCUUUCUCAGGGUCUCUCUCCCCACCGUAUCCCACAAACCUUGCUCAGAGGAUUGUCCAUCUUGUUUUCCUUACCUUCACUCUUUUGCCCUUUCCCGAUGGGCUUCCUACCGCCUGAGAUUCUUCUCAGCCCAUGAACCCGAUUCAGCCCUUCCAGAGCCCGAGAUUUGCCACUCUCCUGAUGGGGAGGAAAAGAAAUGGUGGGCACCUCUAGGUGGUGUGGGUGUCCAUGUGCCAAGAGACAGGGGCUGGAUUUUGUUACUCUGGGCCCACCUCUAGUGAGCAGGUGGGGACAGGUUGCUGAGAGACUGAGUGUUGUUGGCAUUGGUGUAGAGCCAGGACGAGACCUGUGUGUGGGCAAUCAUUCCCCCACCCCUGCACCCCACCUAGGUUCUGGCUGGUCCUGAGAUGGGUGCUUGGCCCAAACGAGCCAUCCUAGUCAAGGCAUCUAUCCAGCCCCGUGAACUAGGCAGGUAAACUUAGAGUCGUGAGUUUUCUACACCUGAGGGCUGAUGUUACUCUAACUCCGGAGCAUCAUUCUGAACCUUCAUUGCCAUGCAGGCUGGCUUAUUUCUGGAGACGUUAGGGUGGGCUGUAGGCCCUAAUUAGGAGCUAGGGUUUGACUAGAGAAGGGUUCUGGAGGCCUCUGUGGUUAUGAGUUUCCCGUCUAUUCCAGGCAGGAAAUAGCGUAGAAGAGAUUUUUUUCCACAGGGACUGAGACCACAAAGACUGAAACCCAAUCCCACCCAGAAAUGGGGUGAAGCCAGAAAACUCGGGCUCCUUUCUCCUUGAAUAAUCAUCCCAGAAGGGAAACUAACUCCGCCAGAGCCAUAGGCAGAUUGUUGGUCUUUGAAAGUGGAAGCUGAGGCCUGGGGACAGCCGGGUAGAGAACCCUCGGGCAGCCCCAGACAGUGAGCGAGCAGAUGCUUGGCAUGAACGAGAAAUGACUUGGCAGGGGUCCCUCAGGUGGAGGACGGGACAGCAGGAUUUAGAGCACAGUCUCAGGUGAUGUUUUUUUUUUUCUUCCCAGGCAACCAUACAUGGUUGUGUUUCUGCAGAAUCAAUUUGGGAUGAUUUUGCUGGCCCAGGGCUUCAGCGAGAGAGGAGAGAGGGGUUGCCUCAGUCCCUCCUGUGGGUAAAACCAGCUCCCUGACAAACCUGCCUCCAUGCAGCGGGGUGGUGGUGGGUGAGCAGAGAGGUUAAGAAACUCCCCUGGGGUCGCAAGUGAGAGAUUCCAUGAUCCUUUAAUGUAUGCUAACUCUCGGUCUCACCCAACCAUAUACAGAGAGAGGCUGUCUUUUGGUGUCCCCCCCCCCGCCCCCGUAAAGGUAGGAAGAAAUCGAGCCAAGACCUGCCCUCCCACCCUCCACUCUGUCCCUUCUACCCUCCCCCUUCCCACCUCAGGCUGGUCGGGGGCCCUGUCUCCGAGCCCUGCAUGGUGGCAGGCAGCGAAGGGUCCCAAGGCCUGGUCUUGGUGGCCCAGAGCGCCAUGACAUGGUUGUCAGAUUGGCAAACAAAAAUACAAGAUACCCAGUUAAAUUUGAAUUUCGGGUAAACAGAAAAUAAUUUUGAGGCUAAGUAUGGCCUAGGCAGAAUUUGGGACAUACUACGCCAAAAGUGAUGUGUUGUUUACCCGGGGUUCAAAUGCAACUGGCCGUCCUGUGUUUUAUCUGGCACCCCUAUUCUAUGACCAUUUGUCCCCUCUGCUCCCCCCCCCUCAGUCCCAGGGGGCCAGAGACUGGUCACCAAGGAUCUUACUGCUUUUCGAGCUGCAACAUUGAGAAGGGGACACUGUGACUUGAAGACACACGAAUAUACUUUAUUUUUGAAGCGACAACAAAACAAGACCCUUCUGAAGCCAUUCGAGCCUCAUCUGACCCCUUCCGUGUGCAUUUAGUUAUCUAUAAAAGACGAUAGUGACCUAUAAACAUAUGAACCGAGUCUUGUCUACUCAACAUGCAUGUCUCUUUCUGUAAAUAGCCGCAUGGCCGUGCCCCUAACCCCUAACCCCUGACCUCAGACCCAUUUCACACCACUCGUUGAGGCUGCCCCUUCGAUUUUAUGUCACGUAAAGUCUUUGUCCCCAAGCCCCACCCGGUCUCACCCCAUCGGGAAUCCCCCAGUGGGAGCCGUCGGCGAUGGGGGGGAGUCGGCUUCCGGCUCUGGCACCAGCCCUGCCUUCAGGGACGUGGGACGACCACCGGUGCCCUGAAGGCCCGUCCGUCCCCACUGCCUGCCGCACAUCCGUCUGCAGAGCUGACCCUCCGUGUACCGUGCACCGUGUCCAGCCGGGUGUCUGGUGUCCCGGUGGCUUCCGUGUCCUGCGUGUGUGUGUGUGUGUGGUGUGCCCCUUCCUCCCACUGUUUGAAUUAACUGAAAAGCCAUAAAGGGGGCCUCCUGCUGGAGACCGCCCUCGGUUCCUCCCAGGAGCCCCCCGUGUCCCUCUGACUGGCUCCCCACAGAACACUUGUGAAGGGCUCACCUGUUGUCACCCCUCCUGCUCUCUCAGCCCCACGUCAUGAGGACGGAUGGUGUCCGGGGGUUCCGGCAGGGCCCCAGGAGACGUCCCACCUGACCCUGCCCGAGCGGGCUCCCUCCACCUGGGUUUGACAGUCCAACUCCAUUUCCCCCCUGCGCGUGGACAGGGCAGUGGUGGGGAUGCCAUAGUUUUGGGUACCUUUCCUAAGGGCGCCGAGGAGGCAACCAGGAUUUUCAGGAGCAGCUAGUCAGCGGCUCGGGUUCCCAUUACCAUCUGGCUUUGACAGACCCAACCCCGCGUACGUGACACCGCGGGGUCAGUGUGUGUGUGGGUGGCGAGGGAGGAGGGUCUCUUGGGGGGACACCGGAGAACGCCGUGGGUUAUGCCCUUCCCGCCGUGUCCCCUCCCGCAGGCUGACAGAGAGCGCCCCAGAGUGGGCAGCUGAGGGUUGCCAGGGCUCCUUUGAGAGUGGUGGGCAGGUCUGGCCCCCCCAGACCCUCCUGUCAGCUCCCCAGGGCAGCCCCAGCCAGGAGCACCCAGUGGUCAGAGGUGCUGAGAGGGACGUGUAGCUCCCGGCCCCCGGGGCGCCGAUGAGGGCAGACGACUCGUGGGAAUAAUGCCAGGAGGCCUCAGGCAUGGCGACUAGUAAGCACGAGGAAGAAGAGAGACGAGAACAGGAGGAGGACAAGGCCAAAGGCUGCGAGGUGACUGUGUAUGCUCGAGCGCGCAGAAGCCCCAGGGAUCUUUGCGCUGGGGACCAUCUCCGGGUGGGCGGGGAUCAGGAGCUUGGAGGGGUGGAGGGACGAAGUGUCUAACCUCUUUCUGGCUCUCUCCGGGACCCUCCCACUGUUCACACCCACAAUGCAGGCAAGAAUUGAGGGGAUCUGGCCUGGGGAGGUGGCAGAGAAGUGUGCGUGGGGCCGGAGAGGGGGUCUCUCCAUCCAGCCCUCCUCAGCCAUCAGGACUCCAGGAGGACCCUCUUCAAAGAAGCCUGACUAGAAGUUCUGCCCUGACUCCUCCCCAUCUAAGGACUGGAUUUGCUGCUUUCUGAAAUCCCAGGGAUCUGAAAACUUCAAAACCAGGGUGGGCAGACCCUCGUCUGCCCCAGGUCGCCCCUGGAAUGCAUCGGCCCCACCAGGAACACUGCCUUUGUCUUCAUAGGAAGGACUCAUGUAUAGCCCUGCCCCCUCUCCGCCCGCCGUCCCCACCCCAUGCUUGGCAAUGCUCUCCACACCCCCCCUUAUGUGGACUCUGUUCUUGUCCGAUCUCUUGUCAAAUUGUUAUUUUGUAAUGAGCUGCGUCUCCUUAUUAAAGAAAUGAGCUGAAAGAA